ACUGCGCUUUCCCUUGCUUAGAUGUUCGCCUUUAUAAGCUAAGUCAAGAGGCCUCGUAACAUGUUGGGGAAGAGUUUCGAACUAAGGGUCCGAUCAGCAUCAACUAGAUGAAGGAUCACGAAGGAGCGGUGGUUGAGAGCGGUGACGAAAAGAACGAUUCCGCCGUUGUACCCUCUACCGCCGCUUCCGGCGAGAAGAUGACGAAGCAUAAAGGUGAUAGCCAUGAUUCGAUUGUUUUGGUUGGAGGUCACGAUGUGGAACGGACUCGAUUCCAGAUCCAUACAGAUCUAAUCUUGGCGAGUCGAUUUCGUAGUUAAUAUCUGCAAAAUUUGUUCGUGUUGAUCUGGCGAAGAGACAUUGUUAUCUUUCUGGAGAUGUAUCCAAUAUCAGCGUCUAGAGAAGAGUUGGCUGAGAUCGAAAGACAAAUCAAUGACAUAUUCUGUGCUUUAUCGUGAGAAUAAAUCUCUGUAGCUUUUUAUCCAUUUGUGAUUUGGGAGUUUUCAUGUUUAUGUUGUUCUCUAUAUAAUGUUAUGAUGUUUGGUUUCUCCAUAAAUGGAUUCCAUAAUC